AUGCCACUGCGGCCCGAUGACAAGCUCAUGCUCAAGCACAAGCUCGAGCCCGAGCCCGCGGGCUCAGUCCCAAACCCCACUAUCCUGCCCAUAUGCCAGGACAUAGCAGGUCGCGUGAAUGCCUUUCUAGACAGCGAGCCCGAGACGCCGUUGCUGAGGCAGGUACAGGCGCAGACGCGGGUGGCAUUGGGUGUGAUUUCUACAGCGCUGGAGCGGUAUAGCCUCGAAGAAAUCUCCCUCUCCUACAACGGCGGCAAAGACUGUCUCGUCCUGCUGAUCCUCCUGCUCGCCUCCCUCGCGCACCACCCCUCCUCGGCCCUCCCCACCAAACUGCAAUCCGUAUACAUCAUCUCGCCCUCCCCCUUCCAAGAAGUCGACGAGUUUGUCGACGCGUCCAUCGAUACGUAUAGUCUGGAUCUGGCGCGGUAUACGCAGCCGAUGAAGGAGGCGUUUCGGGUAUAUCUACAGGAGCAUGAGAAGGUGAAGGCGAUUUUAGUAGGCACUAGGAGGACGGAUCCGCAUGGGGAGCUGUUGACGCAUUUCGAUCAGACGGAUCAUGGGUGGCCGGCUUUUAUGAGGGUGCAUCCCGUUAUUGAUUGGCACUAUGCUGAGAUUUGGGCUUUCAUACGCCACCUGGAAAUCCCAUACUGCGUCCUCUAUGACCGCGGCUACACUUCCCUCGGCGGCACUACAGAUACCCAUCCAAAUCCUGCGUUAAAGGCUGGAAAUGUACAGAGUGAGACGAAAGAGCAGAGCUUUAGACCGGCGUAUGAGCUUGUGGAGGAUAAGGCAGAGAGGCUGGGACGGGACUGGUGA